AUUAAAAAAUAUAUAUAAUAUAUCGCAACUCAAUACAAAGUCAUACUUUAAGUAUUUUAUUUUCUAAAAACAAAACAAGAUGGAAAAUACUCUUCGUGAUGAUGGCAUGCAAUUAUCAGUUUCAUCAGAUUUAGCUGCUAUACGUACAGCCAAACAAAAUAUUCAUCAACGACUUACAUUAGCAUACAAAUUCCUUGAGGUUCACUCUAAUUUGAAUAGAGAUAUCAAUAAGAUUUCCCAAUUAGAUGAAUAUGAGUGUCGCAACAGGCAGGACACAGGACAGCAUGUACACAAAAUCCGAGAUACUGAUUGCGAUUCCUCACUGGACUCUACAGGUCCAAUCAUAAAGGGAAACUUCUCUUGCCGUAAACACUGUAGACGGAGAGCUAAACACAAACUCAAAAGAACACAUGAGUACAUGAAACAAGACAUAUCUCCAAAUUCGUUCAGCUGUAAGGAAGUGAGUUCGAUCACAAUUAAAAAUGAUUUAACUACUGUAUACUAUAUGCCAAGCCCUAAUAUUGAAGACAAAAUGUUUGAUUUGACAAUUCAAGAUGAUAAGACAGUCGAAUUAUUUGAAAACGAGUAUCAAAACCGAUCUGACGUGUUCAACGCUGAAACCAAUAAUUUAACAAUUGAGCCAUUAUGUACUACUCACUAUCAGUGUGAUGCGAUCAAUGAAGAGAGCGAAAUACCUUUGGUGGAAGCUUGUAUCGAUGUAUCUUUUAGUCACCAUCAAUUGUUACAGUCUGAUAAAGUCGUUGCACAACCAGUUCCACAUAAAGGAAAACAAGUCUCCAAAAAAUCAAUCUUAAAGCUUUGUGGGUCAGUUUCAUCAGCCGAUUCUAAUAUAAUUAAAAGAUAUCCUGCUUUUAUUCUUUCUGGCAAGAACAACAAUAAACAGAAAGCAAGAAAACCAGAGAGUUUUGUUCCUGUGGCAAAUCACACUGAUAAUAGAGAUAAAAAAUAUUUAUCUCAGAAAACACUACUACAAUAUUUGAAUGAAUGUGAACAGAAUCUUGAAGGUAUAAACUCAAACAAUGUGAAUAGUACCGAUGCAGUUUCAGCUGCUUCUCAUCAUGAAGCAAUAAAAAUCGUGGAAGGUGCAGAAGAUCCAGGAGGUGUAGAAGAUGUAGAAGAUGUAGAUGAUGCUGGAGUUGAUUCAGAGCACAAGUGUCUUGAGUUAUUUUCAUUAGUAAGAAGUGAAAAUCUAUUAGAAGAAUUUGACGUUUCAACUGAUGAAGAAGAAUUAUUGAAAGGACCUAUCAAUCAUCUUUUUAAUAAGGAAGUGUCAAGACUUUUAACUAUACGUGAUUCUGAGUUUAAAAACGAUGAAACUGUUUUUUACAAUCAAGUAGACAAUGCUUUGCAAAUAGAUAUUACUGAAGUUAUUGAAUUUGAACGGGAAUCACCUUUACUAAUCUCAUCCACCAAUUUGAAGAAAUUUGAGUCAAAGGAAACACAAACUUCAGCUAGAUGCACUUGUGGUUAUAAUACUGGUACUGGUAUUAUUAGAACAGAAUCAAAGCGAAGGACACACCGUUGCAUUUAUCUUGAUUUACAUUGGGAAGACUGUUGAAUUGUUGGUUAAGUGAUUAUCAAAAUUCAAAAGUAGAAGUACAUUAUGUAUCUUCGGAAGUUUAAAUAGAAAUUUAUGUU